AUGUCUUCUGAUGGUCAAUUUCUUAUAACUACAAGUUUACUUUGUUUUGUCAUUUAUUAUCUACUAUCGCUAAUUUAUCACAAGUCUCAAGUACCUAUCUUAGUUGCAACAUUUAUAUUUACAAAUAUGGUAUCUCGUACAAGUAUGUUUAGAUCGAUUGUUGAAUCUGCUCAACAAGCAUUGAAAAAACCAAUUAAUGAUGUUCCAAAAUCUUCUGGAACUAAUUAUGAAAAAUUCUUAGCUUUGAAUAAUGUUCAAAAGAAAGAAAUCUUGAGUGCUGUUGAAUCUUUGAAGAAUUAUGAAAUUAAUUCUAAAGCUGUUAAUGAAAGAAGAAGAGAUUUGUUUAAAUUGAUGUCUUCCAAACAACAAAGAGCGUGUAACCAAGUAGGGUAUUCUGAUAAGUUGAAGAAAAUUGAUUCUGCAAUUUCAGCAAAUUAUAAAUUCAUUAAUGAUGUUGCUAAUUAUACCAUUGAUAAAUAUGGAAUUUCAACUAAAGAUUUGGAAUUGUUAGAAGGCACUAAGAAAAAUAAAAGUGUCACCUCUUCUUCAAACUACAGAGUCAUUGAAGCAUUGGGUCAUUAUACUAGAGAUUGGCAACCUGGUAAUGUAGGUUUGGAAUUGUUGCCUAUUUAUGAAUACAUAUCACUGCAAUUGGCAGCUAUUAUCCCAACUGAAUCUCAAAAGGAAACAUGUUUGGUUUUUCCUGGUUCUGGAUUGGGUAGAUUAGCUCAUGCAUUUGCUGGUUGGGAAUUUGAAUCUAUUCAUUCCAUCGAAUUUUCUGGAUUAAUGAAUGCAUUCGUUGAUUUUAAUUAUGCAACACACUCUAAAAAGGGAUCAUAUACUUUGUAUCCUUAUAUUCAUACAUGUUCUGAUUUUUAUAGCACCGAAUCUCAGUUGAGAACAUUUGAAUUUGAACCAUUAGGUAGCAAACCUAAAAAUUUGCAUUUGUAUCAAGGAGAUUUUAGAAAUUUUGAAAUUCCAAAUAGAAACUCGUACAAGAAUAUUGUUGUUGUCACUGCUUUUUUCAUUGACACUGCUGAGAAUUUAAUGGAUUAUUUGGAUAAAAUUGAGAAAUUGGUCUUACCAAACGGUAAAGUUGAACGUGGUUAUUGGAUAAAUGUAGGUCCAUUGAAAUAUGGAAGUGCUGCUCAAGUUGAAUUAAACGCUGAUGAAUUGAAAGAAUUAAGAAAUAAUUUGGGUUGGAAAGACUACAAUUCGGUUUAUACUAUCUAUGAUAAAUUAUCCUUGGGUAAUAAGACUGGACUUGUCGGUUAUUUAACUGAUAAGGAAAGUAUGUGGCAAGGUUAUUAUGGACUUAAUAUGUUUACAAGUGAAAGAAAAGAAAACAAAUAUUAA